AUGAAUCCACCUCUAUACCCGCCUUCCUCCUCUCCCUCUCUCCCCCUUAUCGAUGAGAAAGUGUUCUUCUACCCGGAACAUCUCCUCCAGCGCGGGCUCCAGAUCCCCUCGCGAGAUGACCGUCCCUCCUCGGGCUUUCCCUAUCCCACCCUCCUGACCGCAUACAAUGUGACGCCCCACCACUGGGAGCAGUUCACGCGCGAAAUCACCGAUGCCGCCCGCAUGACCCGGCGCCAGUGGAAGACCGUCGUCGGCCAGGGGUUAGGCGUCCUAGCCGUGGGGGGCCUGAUGGUCGGCGCCCUGGGAGCCAUCCCCGCCUGGUGGGUGACGCGACGGGCCCAGCGCAAUCGGGAGGAGCAGAAUCUUAUCCACGCAACGACAGAGUCGGUGUCGUCACCAGCGUCGGGCGAACAGGAAGAUGGAAGAGUAGACCGCGAGGUGGUGGCGCUGGCCGACAAGAUCCAGCAAUGGAACGACACCUUCUUCGAACCUCGCGGGAUCGUCGUGCGUGUGGACCUGCCGUGGGAGGCAUUAGAGGAUUUGGAGAAGAUGGAUGUCAGUUUAAAGGGCAAGCGAGGCGAAGCAAAGAACGUGUCGGCGACAAAUCCGGAAAAGUGGCAGGGCAAGGCGUCGCGGAGAGCGCGGAUCGUGCUGAUUCCGUUGGAUAGAGGGGUACAGUGA